CACCUCCCCCUGGACUCCUCCAUGGCUCUGUGCGGGGGCCCGGCCCCGGCCGUCGCGCUGCCCUGCGAAGUCAUCGUCCACAUCUUCUCCUUCCUAUCGCCCUGGGACAGGCUGCGGGCCUCGUCCGUCUGCACCAAGUGGCGGGAGUGUCUCUUCUACCCGUCCCUGUGGCCCGAGCUCCGGCUCCGGCUGCGGGGCUGCUCCGGCGAGCGCUGCCGCCUCGAGUUCCUCAUGAAGAAGUGCGGCUCGUUCGUGCGGGAGCUGCGGGUGGAGUUCGAGAGCUCCGAGAGCCCGCUGCUGGGGCUGGGGCCGGGGGGAGACGGUGGUGGCGGUGGCAAUGGAGGAGGAGGAGGAGGAGGGGACCCGGGCUCGGAGCCGUUGAAGACUUACAUGGACGAGGUGCUGUGUGUCCUGAGGAGCGUGAGGAGCAACCGCAAUCUGCAGAGGCUGAGCGUGUUCGGAGACGUGUACCUGCAGGAGCAGGACGAUAAACAGUCACACGAGAUCCAGCAACUGAUUGAAGAAAUAUUGGGGAAUUCCAAACAUCUGAAAUGGCUCUCUCUCGGGUUUAUGUUGGAGAUCUUAACCCCCACAACACUAGCAGCCUUGCCUCAGUCCAGUGCCAACUGCAUUGAACACUUGAGUCUUCUGGAUAUUAAUAAAACCCCAGUUAUUGAAGCAAUUGAGCUGGAGCGCUUUCUCAGUCUGCGAUCGCUUGCAUUGGAUUUCUGUGAUUUUACUGCUGAAGUAACAAGAGUACUUGCCAACAGCAACCAUGUGCCUUUGCAUAGGUUGUCUCUUGUGGUUCACCAUCUCUCAACGUCCAACACACACUUGUUAGAUAACGUGCCCCAGGAUGCAGAUUGGAAAAUGCUUACCAGACACUGUGCAAACCUUCAUGUUUACAUCAUGGCUUUUAAUGUCAGGAAUGACAUCCUGCUAAGAAUUCUGAAGCCCAGCAUACCUUUAGAGAGAAUUCACUUCGAUAGCUCGACUAAUGAUAUUUCAGGAGCUGUGGUAGAUCUCCUAGCUAGCCAGUACGCAAAGUCUCUCACCCACCUCCUCCUAAUCAAGGAUGUUGAGCAAGGCUUUCCGGACCUGGGUUCCAACCGCAAUGAAGACCCCUUGGUUCUGCUAGCAUGGAAGUGUAAGAAGCUCUGUCACCUUUCAAUUCAUGGAUACACAGCAUGGGCCCACAACCUCAUCGCUAUAGCUCGACUUCGUGGACGUAGGCUGCGAGUCCUGGAAGUCACAGAGGAAAGCAUUAAUUUUGAUCAAGGUGUGAUGCCUGAGCUGGAUGGUGAUCCUGUGGAUACGCUCAUUGAGGAAGUAUCCUUGGGUUUGGGAAAACAGUGGCACCCAGUGAUGAAUAAUGAACCCCUUUUUGUUUUCAGUGAGACUACUCUUUACUUUCAUAAGGAGAUGCAGCGCUUCAGUGAAGGCAUUUAGCAUUUCAAAAAUGUCUGUGUAUAAGGGAGCUCUGCAUUUUUUCAGUAAUGAGUUAACCUUCACACGUGCAGUUAAAUUAGUAAUGAGUUAACCUUUACACGUGCUGUUAAAUUAGUAAUGAGUUAACCAUUACAUGUGCUGUUUAAUUAGUAUUAGUUAUAUUUAUAUGUAUCCUGCUUAAUCUGUAAAUGUAGUUGGUAUUGGUUUAGAAGUAGAUGUGGCAAGAGUCACUGGAUUUUCUCUGUCAGCGCCUGUGUCAACUGCCAAAGAUAACAGAAUGAAGAAGUGCCCACAUGCUGGCAGGGGCAGGCCAAUGGCUGGUCAGCCAGAACCCACUAGUUUAUAAGGUUGACUUUCGACCUGUGGUACACAGCUGUGCUGUGACUCAGUCAACAAUGUUACAGCUCUUAAAUGAACGUGCACCUGGUUCACUGAAUAGUGAAUAUAACAAAAAAUCAUUUCCAACAAAGCUAUGAGCUGCUGCUAUGAUUUUGAGAACAUUCCACUAGGAUUUACUUUUAAAAUCUUGUUAAAGCAAGAGGCUUUAAAAGCCGCAAUGUUCAGGGCAAACCGCGGGUACAGUCGUGGUCUCUGUGAGACUAGCACCUGACCCUAGUUUUAAGUGGUACGAAUGUUGUGCAUUUAAUGUAAAGGACAGCCAGUAUUACUCAGUGUGGCCAUCAUGCUGCUCAGCAGUGCUGUGACCUGGCUGCUUUGUAUAAGCUUGUAAAACAAAUUUACUGUAUGCAACCUAUGUCAAAAUUGUAUUUAUGAAGAAAGUAUGCGUGAUUUCAAACGGUUUUACCAUCUUGUGUUAAAGAUGAUGCGUUUUGACAGGUGUGCAUUGUUGCGUGUCUCCAGUGAUUAAUGCACUUACCAUGCGGAUAUUAUAUGUACAUCUGUAGAGUGGAUCCACUGGUGCAGUGUAUGAAGAUGCCAGAUGUGGUGAGAUUUUAUCAGUGAAUGAGAUCAUAUGAAAUACUGACAGAAAAUGUGAGGAAAGCAGUUGAAUGUUUGUUUAAAUUAAUGUUUAAAGUUUGUGUUGACUGGUGAUUGUUUCAAUCUAUCAAUAAAGCAUUUAAAUGACUUAUUUAUGUAAUUUUUAGUGUUCAGCAUUUGGGAACUUGCAUACACUUUGCAAAAAAUGCAUUUAUAGUGCCUUAAGUGUAGGUGGAAUGCAAACUGUUUUUGUAGUUCAGUGGCAGAGUUUGUAGUGAACCAUAUUAACUCAUUGUUGGUGGCUGUAGUAAAUUGGUUGCAAAUUAAUUUCCUUUAAAAUGUUGAUUCUUGACUUGUAUUCUGUUCCCUUCUGCGUGCAAUAUUUUUGGGCCUACCCCAAAGCUGAAAAUUGCAUGCAUGGCAUACCUAAAUAAACAGCAUACAUGAUUUCA